GUGAUGGUUCUUACCACUGUCUUCAAAGAAAGGAAUCAACAAACAUUUCCAAAUAUCUGUGCGUGGAUUUCACCUUCUUCAAGGUUAAUUUGAAUCUGGCCACAAGUCAAGUAAAUCACCAGGCAUCCAGCAGCAAAAGCAGUCAAGCAGGACAAAGAACCAAUCACAUUGAACAAUUCCCAGAGACAGCAAUCAGAAUACUACUAAUCAACAGAUUUUUAAAAAAAACAGUGAAAGACUCCAAAAUGGCUCCUGUUAUUGUUAUUUUUGAUUUAUCAUCUAUAAGAAGCUUAUGGGAAGGAAGAAUAAAAAAACAUAAAGAACGGCAGCAAAGAGAAAGAGAAAGACAGGAGAAAAGUGCCUUAAUAAAGAUUAAUGAAGAGUGGACAUUGAGACUUGAACGUAGAAGAAGAGCCAUUAACAAGUGUAUUCAGAACAGGAAAGAUCAAUUAAGUGAUGAAGUGAAUGUUCAGACGAAUCAAUUGAAUGGCACAGAAAAGAACUCGCAGCUUAUUGGAUAUAGAAACCUAAUUUUACCGGAAUCGAGAAAGAAUGUCAUAACUGAGGGGAGAGAAUUUAUUUUUGAACUGCAGGGAAUAGAGUGGAAGGAAUUUCCUGAAACAUUGAAGGACAAGACUUAUCUAAAAGAGUGGUAUAUUAAGAAAACAAGUAUAGAAAACAUCCCAUCUUUUAUUGUCAUGUUCCAGAACCUGAUUGUGAUGGAUUUAUCCAGGAACUGUAUCAAGGAACUUCCAGUUGAAAUAGGCAGAAUGAUUAACCUGAAAGAACUGAAUGUUAGUUUCAAUAAGCUGACAUACGUUCCACUGGAACUUGGAUGCUGUGAAAAUCUAGAGAAACUGAAUUUAUCGAAUAACCUGGAAUUGACAGAGCUCCCAUUUGAGCUGCGGGAUCUGCAAAAGCUCAGUAGCUUGGAUUUGUCCUCAAACCAGUUUCAAAGCAUGCCUAUCUGUGUGCUCCGAAUGACAAAACUCAAGAAUCUAGACAUUAGCAGCAAUAAACUGAAAGACCUACCUCAAGAUUUAGACAGACUCGCUGAGCUAGAGUCUCUGUACCUUCAGAAGAACAAGCUGACCUAUCUGCCCAAAGUCAUGUGCAAAAUGAAUAAACUAAAGAUCCUGGUUGUCAGCGGUGAUGACAUAAAGAAAUUACCAACUUCUCUGACAACUGACCCCAAUUUAAAAUAUGUUGAUCUGAGAGAAAAUCCACUUGAAGACUGGGUGCACAGUGAAAUCUUUGAAAAUGAUGAAGAUCAAGAAGAAUUUGAAAAAGACUUGAUGCAAAUGUAUUUUAAGGAUUUGGAAGAGAGAGAAACAGCUCCUGCUUAUACUACAAGGGUUUCGCUAAGUCUGCAGCUGUAACAUGCACUAUGAAAAUUCAUCAAAAUGUGAACUGAAUCUAAACAGAACAAAACUGUGUGACGCUUUGUGAAGAAUCAAUCCACUCUGCUAAGAAAAUGACAUAAGCAAGCUAGCAAUUGGAUGUUAGAAUAAAUCUCAACCUGAUUAAGGAUAUAGAGGAUAGUUAGCGAUUCAUGUUCCUAAAAGUAGGUUAUCUUUUAUUUCUGGCACAGUUAAAGGGCUGACUAGAAGGUGGUUUGUUGAUUGAAGUAAAUGCUCAGAUGGUGACAUGACCAAAUAAAAAAGAUGAGCAAUAAUAUUACAGUCUGGAUAUUUCUAACAUGAAUGUCCUGUAGUUAUUUCAGUUAUAAAAGAAAGUUAUGAAAAACUAUGCAUACUUUCUGUGUCUGUCUUGGCCUGAUUUAAUUCACAAUAUUGCAGCAGAAUCCAGUUAUAGUUAGAAAGCUAUUUUAACAGAUCACCUGAAGCCAUUCAUACAUAGUAAUUUCUUAAUUUCAUUUAUUGUAAAAUGAGACCACUUAGAUUCACUUUAGUCCAGCAUUCACAUGCUUAUCCUCUAUGUAUGAGACAUUCGUGAAUUAAAAAUACAAUGGUAUAAUUCAGGAUACACUUAAAAGUUCCUAAAAAUAAUUCACUGUUUGAAAUAACUUUUCAUCAUUCAUUAAUUCCCUCAGGUGAAGGAACGUCCACUAGCACCCUGUCCCAUUAUUUCCUUUCUCUGCCGUGAGAAAAACAUAAACAACUUUAUUCAUUCAGUGGGUGUAUUUCACAACAGUCCCAAAGCAACUGGCAGUUUUUUUUCAUCUUCUAAUGGACAAUAAUUGUACUUUCAAGACUUGACUAUUUCACAGCAAAAUGAGUAUGACUGACCUUGUACCAACUUUCAGAAGCCUUGCUAAACAAAGGAAAAGAUUGGGCUUGUAGGUCACUGUGAAUACUGACUAGUCCUUUCUGUAUUUUCCUUGAAUCUGUCAAUGAUUGUACUUUGAAAGAGCAGAAAAAGUGGAAAUUGGAUAGCAGGGCCCUUUUUGCUAUUCCCGAAUAGUGAAAACCAUUUUAAUGUUAUCAACCGAAUUUCUGUUUACCAUCAUGACAAAAAAUAUAUCCAUAAUGUUUGUGCCAUGAAUAAUGUCACAAAUUUAAAUUUGUAGUUGAUGUUUUGUAAGAAUAUUUAAAAAUUUUCAUCUUACUGUCCAAUUCAGAAAUGUUGAAAGUAAACGAUCACUUUUAGCAUCAUAUCAUACAAGUAGGCUGAACCAAAUCAAUUUUUUUUUAACAUGAUUAAUUAAUUCACACCAAAGUAAGUUAUUCCAGACUAAACAGAUAAUUUCAAUAAAAUAAAUGGAACUCCUUUUUGGUUAUGGUAUAAUCUAUGCACUAUGUGAGGCAAUAAUGUAAAGAUAGUUAAAUGUAAAUAAGUCACACUUGAGCAUACAAACCAUGAGGUUUCUUGUUCAAAUUCUGACCCUUGCUGGGUGCCAGUCUCAGCCAGGAAAAUAACAAUGGUUGUUCUAAUUGGCUUCAGUCUUCCAGAAAUAUUGCUGGAAGUUUCCUUGAAAUGACUUGCUGGAAGUGCAUGGGGAUGAAUGUCAGAUGCUGCCUGGGAAGUUUGAUUGUGGUAGCUGUACGAAACUCAUCAUCCAUGCUUGCACAGAAAGAAUAGCCCUUGAAUAAGGAUUCAACGGUUUCUGUUGAAUUUGAAACUAUAUCUCACUGCCUUCGCUGGAUGUAACCCAAGAGAAGAAAAUAGAAGGAAGAACCGUAUUUCAAAACAUAUUCAAAUGAAGAAAAAUACUGGUUAUGCUUGAAUAUCUUUUAACAUCUUGUAAUAUUACUUUUGAUGUAUUGCAUUUAACAUAUAGCAAUUUGCUUUUAUAAUUAUAUUUUAAGUAGUCUCAAAUUUAUUUUCGCACUUUUUCAGAGUGGAACAUAAAAUAUUGUUUGUAGAAAAUGUUGUAGAAUGUAUGGAAAUGACUUAGAAGCAUACUGACACUGCUUAAUAUGAAUAUCUUAUGGUGGAAAUAACUAUUCAUAUCGAAAAAUAUUCUUUGUUAUUCUGAUGUUUGUAGAAUUCAGUUAAAUACAUGUGAAAAAUAUCUAA